CAAUGUGAAUUCACCAUACUCUCUGAUAGUCGAAAAUCCACAGCACAAGCACAAGGCAAGAAAAAGAAAAGAAGUUUGUGCCGUUUGUGAGUGCUAGUAAGUGCUGCAUAUUAAACGUGUGCUGCGUGUGCCUCUAACAGUCUCUAUUGGAAUCGUUGGGAAUCCGAUAAUCAAACGAAAGAUAGAAGGAAACCAUGCAUAAGAAUGGACCACCACCGCCUUAUGAACCACCACCUUAUGCACCACCUGCUUAUUCUCAAAAUGUAGGAGGCGUUCCUCCAGCUAGUCCAUUUACACCAGCACAAACUUAUGGAAACGGACCUACUAUAGUCACGACUAUUGUUCCAGUUGGGCCACAGUCGACUCAUACAAUUUGUCCACACUGCCAUGCUGAAAUAGAUACGGUGACAAAAACUGAACCUGGCAUGAUCGCUUAUAUCUCAGGUGUUAUUAUAGCACUGUUGGGAUGUUGGUUUGGUUGCUGCUUGAUUCCCUGUUGUAUAGAUGAAUGUAUGGAUGUUCAUCAUACUUGUCCAAACUGUAAAGCUUAUUUGGGUCGUCAUAGAAGAUAAAUGGAUUGCAUUUGAAUAUUGAAAUGUUUAUGAUACCACCAAUUAUAUACUAAACUCGAAUUUAACUUCAUACAUUUUAGGGGAUACCUCUAUAUGAAAGAGAAAGAAAGAUGUAGCUCCAAUUAGAUAUCAGUUCAUUCAAUUCAG